AUGCUGCAAGCCUACUGCAUCUUGGCUGGCUUGCUGGCCAUCUCUCGAGCUGUGGACGUGAAGCACACAGCAUCGGAGCGCGAAGCGAAAUCCGAGAGGAACGUCCGGAAUGUUGAGAUUCAAGCCGAUGGAUCUGCGAAGGCCCUGAUGCGUCGGGAUGCAGGUCGAGACUCCGACCUGACCGAGGACGCACCACAUCCGCAGCGUUUCAGCAAGCUUGGCACCGGCUACUGCCCGGCAGGGUACUAUGCAGGAUGGGUUGCGGCCGACGGUAAUCUCGAGAGCUGCAAGGCCAAGUGCCAAGAAGAGGAAAAGUGCCGCUUCUUCGCACUGUAUGAGGGAAAGACAUGCUCCAGGUAUGACUCUCGAGCCGGGGAUUGCAAUGAAAGGGUUGAAGCGGGUGGCGAAUACUCGCCGGAGCAGCACACGACCUUUGCCAAGACGGAGAAGGUGGACCCUCGCUACAGGAAGCUCGGAAAGGGCUAUUGCAAGUCUGGUUACUACGACGGAUGGAAGACCGAAGACGCCAUCAGCCUCGCGGUCUGUGCGGCAAAAUGCGGCACAGAAUCGCAAUGCCACUAUUUUGCCUUCGUGGAAGGAAAGACCUGCUCCAGGUAUACAGGCGAUGCCAAAGACUGCAGUGACCGACAAGUUGGUGAUGAUCGAGCUGAUGCUCACACCACCUAUGCCAAGACCCAAGAAACACAGGCUUUGUAUCAUUUUACGAAGCUUGGAACCGGCUACUGUGCCGUCGGGUAUUUUGCCGGUUGGAUUCCAGCAGAGAGCACGCUACAGGGCUGCAAAGCCAAAUGUGAAGCCGAAUCCGGAUGCCGUUUUUUCGCUCUCUACGAGGGGAAGACCUGUUCCAGGUAUGAUUCUAGGGCCGGUGACUGCAGCCAGCGAGUGACGCAGGGGGGUGAGUAUUUUCCCGAGUCUCAUACGCUCUAUGCCAAGACGGAGCAGGCCGACCCACGGUUCCGGAAGCUUGGAAGUGGAUAUUGCCUGUCCGGCUACUACGACGGAUGGAAGAAGGAGGAUGCCGCGAGCCUCCCGAUUUGCGCUGCGAAAUGUGGCGCAGAGUCGCAAUGCCACUACUUCGCCCUAGUAGAGGGGAAGACUUGCUCAAGGUACACUAUCGACGCCAAAGACUGCAGCAACCGACAUCCUGCCGAUGAUCACACCACUUAUGCCAAGAUUGCUGAAGUUCUCGUCGGUUGA